GCAGCGUCCUGGGCGGGGGGCCAGGCGCCAGGCUGGCCCCCCCUGCAGGAGGCCUGGCAAGGGGCCCUCUCUUGGGGGUGGAGACUGGCCAGGCUGUCCUGGUCUCUGUGGGAGGAGGUCCUGGGGGGUGCCUGGAGCCAGCCUGGGGUCAGGGGUGCAAGAGGCCAUGACGGGGGUCUAACUCAGACCCCUCUCGUGGUUCUAGCUCGCCCCCACCCCCACUAGGGCCCAGGGAGACCUCGGCCCCUCUGAGGUGGGGUGCUGCUCCCAGGAACGCUGGCUGGAGGGGCAUGCCCACUGGGGGUUGAGCUGUGUGUAUCUACCCCCUCCUACCUCCCCACCCCCACCCAACCCCAGAAGUGGGGGCCACAGGGUCCUCCUUCAGAUGAGGAGGUGGAUCCGACAAAGCCACACCCUGCCCGAGACCCCUGGCCUGGACGUGGGGGCCAGGCAGACUCUCCCAAGGCCCGGUGCCUGGGUGGGUGCUGCCCCAUGGGGGCCCGGGCUCGGGGGCACAGGGGUCCUGUGUGUCUCUAGGAGAGAAGUUGGGGGGUGCUGGGAGGUCUCAGAGGCCCUUGGGCCCCGAGACUUGGGUGCUCCCUGCAGGGCGCCCUAAUCUUUAAGCCCUGUCUCCCAAGGCUCCGGGGCUGCCCAUCGGGACAGGGUUCCUGGGCUGCUGAAAUCAGACCGAGGGCCUGGGGUGUCCCUGCCAGGCCAGCUCCCCACGAGGACCCCUCCCAGACUUGCUGACCACCCCUCCCAUAGUCUGCUGGCCUGCCUGGCGGGGGAUGCCUGGGGGUCGGGGGCAGUGGGAGCUGCAGGUGGUCCACAGACCAGCCCCUGGUGGCCCAGGGCCGGCUCUGGCGGCUCAUGGACCAUGGGGGAGGGGAGUGGCCUCCAGGGAGGGGCCCAGCCCAGGAGCUGGGGGACAGGCAGCCUUACACCAGCUCCGGCACCGCCAUACUCAGUCCGUGCCUGAAUUAUUAAGCGGGGCCUGGCAGUUAAUCGCCCGCAGGCCUGUCUGGGGACUGGGCAGAGCGGCUCUCAGGCGCCCUCAAGCUUUGUAUUCAUAGCACGGCUGCCUAGUCCUGCUGAACGCACGCCAAGCUUCAGGGCAGGUACCAGGGCCUGAGGCUGGGAGGGGGGCCCGGCCUGCGGGAUGGCUCCGGGGCCACCGGAAGUCACGGCCGUCCUCAGGUAGGCGGGCCAUCUGGACCCCGUGUUUCAGGGUCUCUCAGGGGGUCACUUGGGGGGAGUUCCAGGGGAUAAAUGGGGGUGACAGACCCCUUAGAGCAAAUGCACGGCCCUUUGAGUGUCUCUGCUUCUGCCUCCAGGAGGACCCCACAGAAGAAGGCGAGAUCUGCUGGCCUGGGUUGGCCUUGACGCCAAGGCCCCCGCAGGUUCCCGGGGUCAGGGGCACAGGACAGGCGGCUCCUCGGCUCCUGCCCCCCAGGGCCCGCGCCCUCAUGAGUGUGGACGAGGACACGGAGGCCCAGGAAAGUGGGCUGAUUGCCCAAGAGCGCCGGGCGCGAGGCUGACCCCACCCAGGCCCCCCUGUGCCCACGCAGGUGUGGGAGGAAGCCCCAGCCCGCCCCGGGACCAGCCAGGGCCCGAACACUGGACCCCGAAGGCCAGCUCAGCACAGACCAGACCAGAACGACUUCUGGGGGGGCGGGGCCGUGCAGGGAGGAGGCCCAGCUGGGUCCUGUCUGUUUCCACCCCUUCCCCUUCCCAGAGCGGGAGCCCCAGAAGGGUUUCAGCCUGUGAGCCCCGCCUCCGCAGACCCACCAGCCAUGGGCUUCGAGCUGUAAACACAAGGUCACAGCCAAGAAAGGGGACUGCAGCUGCCCGGGGGGCGCUGCCCGGCCCGGGCACUCUGGCAGCUGUCUUGGCAGGGAGGGACCACCCACGUGGCGACCCAGACCUCGCCUGGCCCGGCGGCUCCUGGGUGGUGGGUCAGCAGCCUGGCUCAGUGCUCCUGGGUCACCGAGAGCCGAGGCUGCCUUUCCGGGCUCCGAACCCCCCAAGAGCCAGAGGAAAUGUCCUCUUCCCCCUCUGGUCAGGGGUGGGUGACCCCAGAUGACGCCAGGGUGGUGGUGAACAGUUUGGGGUGAUCUUUGGGCAGGAACAGGAAAAAAGGCGUUGACUCAGGGCUAAGAGUCCUGACGGUGGCCCCCUCUGGCUCCAGCUCUGCCAGGGUGACCUGGCCCCCUCCCCAUCCCCGUGGGCCUGAGUCCCUCCAUCUGCGGACCAAGAGGAUGGCACCACCCUGGAAGGUCUGGGGAUGCCCUCCUCAACUCCAAGGAGUUCAGCGGUGGCAGGGGUAUGGGGGAACUAGGUCCGUGCUGCGGGUAAGGGAGGACAGGGUCAGAGUGGGUAAAGAAAAAGCAUGAAAGUGUUAGUCGCUCAGUCGUGUCUGACUCUUGUGACCCCAUGGACUGCAGCCCACCAGGCUCCACUGUCCAUGGAAUUCUCCAGGCAAGAAUACUGGAGUGGGUUGCCAUCUCCUUCUCCAGGGGAUCUUCCCAACCCAGGGAUUGAACACGGCUCCUCCGCACCGCAGGCAGACUCUUUAUCCACUGAGUCGCCAGGGAAGCCCUCUGGGCUUUAGAGUGGGUAACCACACACCUCAAAGCACACAGCACGAGCUUGGUCUCCUGACCCAGCCGUUCUCUGCAUAUUGCAGGAAUAUCUCGGGGCGCCCGUGCAACCAGGGGCCGAGGUCGCUGGGAUCCCUGAUACACGGUCAGACAUACGCCACUGGCCACCUGCCUGCACGGGGUUUUGCCUGGAAACCCAGGAUCUUCCAGGGCUUCCCUAGUGGCUGAGUUGAUAAAGAAUCUGUCUCCAAUGCAGGAGACCUGGGUUCUAUCCCUGGGUCAGGAAGACCCCCCCCAGAGAAGGAAGUGGCAACCCACUCCAGUGUUCUUGCCUAGAAAAUCCCAUGGCCAGAGAAGGCUGGCGGGCUAUAGUUGCAAGCGCCAGAUACGACUUAGUGACUAAACCACCGCCCCCCAGCAAUGUCCUCCAGCAGGAGUGGCCGUGGUCUCCCCGGGCUGGUCCUUAUGGAGUGCAGGGGAAUCUGAGGCCCAAGGAGAGGAGAAAGGCGUGCUCAGGGUCUCAGAAAGUCUGGCUGGACAGGGUCUGUGGGGCUGGGCUCCCCACGGACUGCUUUGGGGUCUGGCCUGGGGCUUGGCUCUCACGUGCAAAGCCUGGCCCCGAGUUCUCCUGCCUGGCUUGUGUCCAAUCCUGGGGGCUGGGGGAGGCCCCUGCAGGCACUGGCCGCUCAGAGAGCAGCGGGGCGAGCAGCCCUUUUGGGAGGGGCACCCGGGGGCUGCCCUUCAGACUACCAGCUCGGCUGGGGAGUGAAGCUGAGCCUGUCGGGGCCAUGGGCACAGGGCGUGGUGGGCACUGGUGUUGGCCAGCCUCACUCUGCCCAGCUGAGACCCGCCACAUGGACCAGCGGCGCCCCCUCCUCUGCCGACUGUGGACCCUCCCGGCCCUGCCAGUCCUCGGCCCCUGCAAACAGGAGCCCAUCUGGGGCUGUGUCCCCGUCUCUCUGAACCUCUUGAGCACCCAUUUCCUCUGUCUGGCCACAGAAGUUCUGACCUUGACCCCCAGCCCUGGUCUGGGAGGACUCAGCUCUGCUCAUGGACUUGACCAGUUCCGUUUCCCAGGCAGGCUUUCAGCUCUGUCUCGGGGCCUGGAGUUCAGGCAGAAUUUCUGGAAGGCCAGGCUGCCCCCGCCCCUGGUCACAUGGGAGCGGUCCCUCCAGAGCUGUGGUCCUGCCCUCCUCCCUGGGGUUGCGCGCAACCUAGACCCAGGCCCGCAGGCUUCAAGCCCCGUUGUCCAGGGGCCGGCGUCCCACAUGACUGCAUGAUCAGAACUGGGGCCUCCCUCCCUGCCAGUCUCGAGCUGCUCCGGGGUCGCUCGGAAGCAGCAGCACCCAGGGGACGGAGGGGUGGGUGGACGGAGGAAGGAAAGGAGAACAGAGCCCCCCCAAAGGGACCCACGCCCACCAUCACCACGGUCACCGCCGGCGUGAGCGUCCCUGGGAAGAGCCCCCGGUGACCAUGGAAGGAGCGGGUCGCCCAGGCAGCCCACCUGCAAGCAGGCCAGGGCCCGCCCUGAAGGACCACUGGACACUGCAUCCCCUGUCCCGCGCCCCCGCUGCGAACAGGCCUCUCUCCCGGCCAGGCCCGGCCCCCGUCAGGAGUGCAGUCCUCGAAGCUGCAUUUCCUGGAGCCAACCCCCCCAGUCAACCCUGCAGGCCUGGGAGGCUCCCCUCCCCCAAACCCCAGGUGCCAUCUUCCGGGUCUCUGGGGGCCUUAGAGAGAAGUGGGUGUCCGCGGCCUGCACCUGCCUCCUUCCUGCCCCGGGAGCUGCUGCUCUCAGCCCAGCAGAGGGCCGGCCCGCAGGCAGAGAGUGUCCACAGCGUGGUCCCCACACCCGCCCGUCUCCCCCGGUGACUGCAGGAGAGAGGGAGCAGGGGCCCUCCCUUGCGUGACGGGGCCGCGCUCACCUGGGUGGGGUUGUGGAGCCUCCAGAAGGCCGCCUGUGCCAGGGCGCAGAACACCAGGGCGAAGCUCAGGAAGGCCUGGGAGGGGGCGGGAGAGGAGGCACCUGAGCCCAGGCCCCGCCGUGGCCUGGCGGCUCCUCCUGCCGAGAGCAGGCCUGUGGCGGCGGGCGGGCACGCUGGCUCCCAGGCCUCUCUAGGCCCUUCUUGGGAGGCCCCCACGGCCGGCUUUGGCUUCCCAGGGCCCCAGGGAGGCAGGCGGUCAGGCCCUGGGAUGAGGGAGAACCCUGCCGUCUGAGCCCGCGGCCGGGAAAGGCACCGACCCCAGAAAGGCCGGGGGACCUUCCCUGAGCCUGAGAUUCAGAUUCAGAACACGUGCCCCCUUUCAAGUGGUCUGGCCCGGAGGGCGGCUCGGGGGUGCAGGCUGCCCUGGAUGUGCUGCGCUUCGUCACUCAGCCAUGUCCGACUCUGACCCCACGGACUGGAGCCCGCCAGGCUCCUCUGUCCAUGGGAUUCUCCAGGCAAGAAUACUGGAGCGGGUUGCCGUGCCCUCCUUCAGGGGAUCUUCCUGACCCGGGGAUCAAACUCGGGUCUCCUGCAUUGCAGGUGGAUUCUUUACCGACUGAGCCAUCAGGGAAUUGCUUGCAUAGGAAGGGCCUUUUCCAAAAGGGACAAGUGGUUUUGCUUGGUUUUCUGAAACAGGCCUCCUGGAGGUUCAGGAGCUGGGGUUCUAACCAAGAGCAUGGCCCGGUGGGCACCCUGAGACGGGGUGACCCCCAGCAGAGGUGCUCCUCUUCCCACCAGCGUGCCCCCCAGGACCCAGGGGGCCCGUCCACCUCCUGCCAAUCCCUGGGCCUCGGGCUCUGGUGGACCCUUUCUCUCACGGGGUUUCUGAAGCUGAUGAUAUUUGUCCCCUCCCCUGAAAAUACACACACGUCCCCAAAGCUCUUUUGUGGGGCAUUUCAGAGGCUCACCCCCGGCUGCCCAGGCCCCUGCGCUGCCCUGGGGACGCACCGUGGUCUGACUGGUCACCUUGCGCUGGGGAUGCUCCCAUUCCGGCCUCGGGCUGAGCCGCCUCCAGGAGCUCUGGAUGGUCAGUCCGCCUGCUGACCACCUGGCCCAGGGGUCUGGGGUCCAGGAUCGCUCCCUCCUGGGAGUGGGACCGUCUGCUGCUGGGCCUGAGUGGCCAGGCUCUUCCAACCCAGGGGCCUUACUGGGGUGACACCAGCGAGUCCAUGGCCAGCAUGGGGUCCAUGGCCAGCAUGGAGGGACACCCCGCUGCAGACACACUGACACUGCCCGGGCUGGACGGGGAUGGAGACUGUUCCUUCUGCUCCACACUUGGUGGGCGUGCGGUGGUGUGUCCACCAGGCUCCAGGAGACAGGGGCCAGCCUGCCGGCUCCCAGACUCCACGCAGGGACAGGGACCUCCAGCUUCGCUCAGGGGCGGGAGGCCCACCAGCUUUCACCCCACGUUUCCUCCUGCCUGCCCAGGGGUCCACCAGGCCUCAGUCUCCAGAUGGCUCUGGGAUGCCUCUUCCUCCUCUCCUCCCCAUCCUCCAUUUCUCUCCCUCCUCCCCUUCCUCCCCCCUUUCCUCUUCCUCAUCCCUCUCUUCCUUCCUCCCCUCCCUCUACUUCCUCCUCCUGCU